AUGUCCUCCCCCACCGUCCCCGUCCAUGGCCGUCGUUCCAGGCUGUCGGACCAUUCCCAGUCAUCCACCGUCACCGCCGUUGAUCACUCGCCCGCCGACGCCGACUGGCAUCUCCUCUCCCCUGCCACUCAUCUCCAAUCCAUCCAAGGGAGCUUUGCGUCCCGUGUCAAAUGGUCCCACUCCAUGCCUGAUUCUUUCCCUGAUCAUCUGUCCGACACGCUCCAGAUGGACUGGUUCGAGGAGGUCGACGAGGACGAGGUCGACGACGACGAGUCAAGGGCAAGCACAGGGACGAUCAUGGUCCCUACCGCAAAGGGAAUCUCAGAGACCAAGAUCAACGGUCUUCUCGCUUCGUCUUUGGGGAGUUAUUGGAUGAAGAGGAACGGCGUGUCGGUCGGGGCCACGACGGACAAGGUGUUGACGCAGUGGGCUCCUGGUCAUUCAGACCCAGAAGGCCGAGGUGAAGACGAAACACUCUCUUGGGGUAAUUCACCAUUCCAACGAACGAUCCGACGUCUACGUGUCCAAGCGGGUGAUCUAAAACUCUUGCACCCUUCCACGGACGCACAUCUGAGCUCUCUCGGUCCUUCCGACGUCAUGACGGCCACGCAGACCUCGACAACGUCUGACCCAUGGCAGGGAGAAGGGCCAGGGGAGCUCGCUUCGUCCAACGGCUUGGUCAAACCCGACCUUUUCAUCUUUGGUAGAGCCGGUGAAUCCCCCCCGACUGUCAAGAACAAGGACGAGAGCAAAACAUGGGCUUCCCCCAACGCGAACCCGACCUCGAUAGGUUCUCUCACGAUGGAAAGAAAAGACGAUCCAGCCUUGGCCCGACAUGGUUUCUGUCAAGAGCUGGGCUACCUCAAGACGGCUCACGAGACCUUUGGUGCUCACUUUGGUGUGUUCAUGUAUCGUUAUCGUUAUUGUCGGAUGGCCAUGGCGCAGGAUGGUACGGUGAUCAUCGAAUCUAGUUCUGUCAUAAGGGAAUUACUCCUCGAGCGGCAAGAUGAUCCCCCUCCCUCUACCUCUCCUUCGGAUUCGGAUUCGGAUUCGGAUUCGGAAUCGUACUCUGAUCACCCAUCGCCCACAACCCCGAUCCGACCUCCAUCUUCACCCACGCCAAGACGUUCUCAAACGUCGGCAACCCCACCCGUCCUGAUCCCGCUCCCCGAUCUACUGAACCGACUCGACAACGCACUCACCCUCGCCCUCCUCCCGCCGUCUGGCUCGUUGUUCCACGAGGACGGCAGCCGUAACGGUCCCGGUCAGCAGACCCUCUGGGACCUGUUCCGUCACUCGUUCGCCCUCGUCCUGGCUCAUCCCGUCGGCGGAGGACGGCUGGUGACCCCCGCCGCGUGGGGCGCCCUCGUCGUCGGGUGGGGACAGACGGCGGUGUCGGCCUGGAAGCACGAGACGGCGUUGGCGCUGGCGGCCAAGGUGUACAGCAGGGUCGGGAGGAAGGUCAAGUUGGGAUUGGGAGACGUUGGGCGGUCGGACGAUGGUCGAGAUCAAGAGGGGGAUGGAGAUGGAGAUCAAGGGGGGGAUGGAAGUGAAGAUGACGAGGAAGAUGGAGGUGAAGAUGACGAGGAAGAUCGUGAUGAAUAUGGAGAUGCAAGUCAGGAUGAGAAUCAAAGUCGAAACGAUCAGAGUGAACAUCAUCAAGACGACAACGUCGGUUCGGGCUCGACCGAUACGUUCCACAAGAGUACGAGUACGCCCAUCGGUCGACAUGUGCCUGGUGGAUUGGGACAUGUACCGGGUGAAGGACGACGACUUAGGAGCCCGGCGACCCUCAGAGUCAAAGGCAGAGUCGAGGGGGCUGGUGGGAUCGUACGACGAGACCUCUUGUUCUUUGGCGAAAACGAAAACGGAACCGGUGAACCACUCUGUCGUAUGGCCCCAUGUCGAGUCGGACGUAUGAACGGUGAACCACUCCGAGUCGGACAUGUGGGCAAAGGAGAGAGUCCGCUCCUCGCUCCUCGACCAUAUCAAUGUCAUUCAUCGACCGCCGCCAGCUCGACGCGGCCCGCGGCCCCUCCUGGCCUCCAUACCAACCCCCUCGGAUCAUGUGAAGACGUCCUCGAACAGGUGUACGCCUACGUCGCCGCCGCCCCAUACGCCUACCAUCGGAAUUUGGAUUCUAUCGCUCAUGUCAUCCAAUCCAUGUCACAUCUCGGCAUGAUCGUUUCUUCUCCACCUCGUACUCGUACUCCCCUUGCUGGCUCUUCUACAUCUACUCUUCCUCCUGGCCCUUUGACAUCUGCUCCUCCUCCUGGCUCUUCUACAUCCACAUCCACACGGUACUUUCCGAUCCCUAACCUCGUGUCUGAAUUCCAACACGAUGAGGGACUACGUUCGUUCCUCUAUCAUGCGGAUCAUCUCCUUUCCAAACCCAAAGGUUCCGCCCCCGACGCUCCCCACGACUUCAACUCCUCCACGGCCACUGGUUCAGAUGGAGAUGGAGAUGGAGCACCGUGGCAGCCCAAUCGUUCAGACGGCCACCCACAAGACGGACCGACCUCAUUCACCGACAUGACCCUCUCGUCCGACACGCUCCACCUCGGUCUCACGCUGGUGCGGAGACGCACGCUCCACAUACCGGACGUCGACCGGGCGAUCGUGGAGAAACGACGCGAGCUCAAGGACGUGGAGACGCGGAUCGAGGCGGACGGGAGGAUGAUGGUGGAACUGGAGAUGAAGCUCAAGGAGGGGAGGGAGCAACUGGAGAAUGUGAUGCGGACGCGGCAGGUCGAGGAGAUGGGUUUGAGGGAUAUCUGGAGACGGUUAGGCGGUCUGGUCGGGAGGAAAACAUUCUCGCCCGUCAGUUGUUACGUCGCCAAAGACUUUUCGUAUCCUUCUUCCAUCGUCGAGAAGAUGCCGACGGUCGAUCGGGAGACGAGAUCGGGAUUGGGUAUGGGUACGGGAACGGAAACGUCAACGUCGACGACAGGGGGAGAGGGAGAGGAAAAGGAAAAACACAGAUCGGGAGAUGACGUGAGAAAUCUCGCGGGUUCAUCCGGAACCAAGCAAAAGGAGAUGGUGGAAUCGGAACAAGAAGAACAAUCUAAAUCCAACAAUGAUCACGGUCAUGGUCCGGGUACGGGUACGGGUACGGAGGUUGCAAUUGAGGGUGACGGAAAGGUAAAAGGACGAAAGGCUGAAAGAAACAUUUACAUUUCUCCGAGCGGAGGUCCGGAAUCGGUCGAGGGAUCGUCGGAAGGAACGAAUCGCGUGGAACAUGUGGAUUGGGUCAUGGAGAAGGAAUACCAAGGAGAAGGAGAAGGAGAAGGAGAAGGGUUGGAUGGUUUGGAAUACGAAUACGGUGGUUCUUUCACGGACUUCAAGAAAUUCGUUCAGAUCCACUCUCAUUCUCAUCCUGUCAAAGAUGGGACAGGGGUCAUGUUGCACGUGGAAGAUCCUGGCGACGGAUCUUCACCGAAUGUCUUCGUCCUCUCCUCGGCUUUCACUCGCACGAAAGGCAAUGGUCAUGGGGCAAGGGGAGAGAAGGAUGGAGGUAUAGUGGGGAAGAAGGAGGAGGAAAAGGGAAAACCGGAAAUGUCUCCAGAACGAUCCGAUUCAAAUUCAAAUCCAUCGGAAACGGCAAUGGGCAUGGAAACGGCAAUGGCACUGGAAAUGCAAAAUUCCACAGAGGGGGAGAUGAUCAUGGUCUCACGUAAACGUCGUCGGAAAUCAAAUGCCUCAACCAUACCGUUUAAACGUACACGUACAUGUACGCCUAUCGAUGGAGAUUCUAGAAUGUCGGAUACGGAUCCGGACCACGGUUUCGAGGGCGAUGAUGAUGAUGAUGAUGAAUCAUUGUCUAGGGAGAUGACGGACGGGGACCAAAGUCGUGAAGGAGAUGAUUUGGAUCCUUCGUCAAGGUCUGACCCAGUACCGACGAAUGAACAUGAUCUCGUCAUGAGAUUGGGAUUCGGAAAUCAACCUUCUACAAUGAAAUCGACGGGUUUUGAUCCUGAAACGGGAACGGAAAAGGAAAAGGAAAAAGAAACGGGCAUGGGCAUGAGGAUGAGGAUGGAAACAGAACACCUCAUCUCGGAAAUCACCACUCUGCUUCAAGCCGAAAUCAUCCUCUCCUCUCUGACCGCUACGAGUGGGGCUCAUGAGCGGACGGAAGAUGAUCCGUGUAUCCUCGGUUGUCCUAUCGGACAAAGUGGCGUAUUGGACAAAAGGUUGGACUGGAAUUUCGGAGAGGAUGAUGAUGAUGGGAUGGUUUCGGGAAAGGGAGAGGGAGAGGGUUUUUCACCGUUUGAGAAAUCUAGAUCUAGAGCUGACAUAUCACCACCACCACCAUUAUCUCCGUCGCCACCACCGCCACCAUUAUCAUUAUCAUCAUCAAUACCGCCACUGAUACCAUCAAUCUGA